GGCAGUACGCAUGCGCCGCGUCGCCGUGCGUCACUAAGCGGUUUCUUGGCGCCACUACGCGCGGGAAGAUGGCGGAGCCGGUUACCAAGUCCGUGCUGUUUGUGUGUCUGGGUAACAUUUGUCGAUCACCCAUUGCAGAAGCAGUUUUCAGGAAACUUGUAACUGAUCAAAACAUCUCAGUGAACUGGAGGGUAGACAGCGCGGCGACUUCCGGGUAUGAGAUAGGGAACCCCCCUGACUACCGAGGGCAGAACUGCAUGAAGAGGCACGGCAUUCCCAUGAGCCACGUUGCCCGGCAGAUUACCAAAGAAGAUUUUGCCACAUUUGAUUAUAUACUAUGUAUGGAUGAAAGCAAUCUGAGAGAUUUGAAUAGAAAAAGUAAUCAAGUUAAAACCUGCAAAGCUAAAAUUGAACUACUUGGGAGCUAUGAUCCACAAAAACAACUUAUUAUUGAAGAUCCUUAUUAUGGGAAUGACUCUGACUUUGAGGCGGUGUACCAGCAGUGUGUCAGGUGCUGCACAGCGUUCUUGGAGAAGGCCCACUGAGGCAGGUUUGUGCCCUGCUGCAGCCAGCCUGACUAGACCCCACCCUGAGGCCCUGCGUUUCCCAGUCAGUGUGUAAUAAUGUUCCAGAGCCCAAAGCCCCAGCUCUUUGUUCAGUUGACUUAACUGUUUCUUACCUUACAAAAUAAUUCUAGGUGGAAAUCAGUUGUGAUUGGCAGAAGAAUAAAUAAAAACCUUUGACUCAGACAGUUUAUGGGGUAUAUAAAGCAUUCUUAGACUAGUUGAACAUCUCACUUUGCCCCAAUUACAAAAAUAGUUGAACAAACAACAUAAAAUACAAUGAAGGAAAACCCCACUUGAAGGUCCAGGUCAACAUCUAAGCCCAUUGAGACUUAGAUCAUCGAGUCUACCUCCUCGGUAGGUUUGUGUGGAUGGCCUGAUGGAGGGCAGGUGCCCUCUGCUCCCCUGCGCUACCUCUCUCUUCCCUAGGGCCUUUUAUGUAUUCACAGUAGCCCCUCCGUAGGAGCUCACAGUAUAGAAGUGUUUUAAUUUAUACACACCCAUAGUGCAUACUUGUAUAUUGAAAAGAUAGAGAAGACAGAAAGAUGUAUGGAAUCAGUCAUUAGCACCUUUAAUACUUCUUGAUUUUGUCGAGUUUACUUCAUGAGGAGGUCAGCUCAUUUGCUCCCAUCUGAACCACUUUGCCUCUGAAACUUAAUUCCAUCCAGAAAGAAGGACACUUGUAUGCUAGUCUAUCUGUGGUCAGUUAGACUAGCUGAGGAAUACGACUUUUAUAUGCACGCAUAACCCAAAUGUCCAAUAUAAAUUGGCUUAUUUUUAAAAAUAAUUUUAAAAAUUGGGAAAAGUUUUAUUUGGCAUGCAUAAAUAUUGAUUGUUAAGUAUUAUUCUAAAUGUAUAGGCAGAUACAAGUAAUUUCUGUGUAUUUUGAGUUAAUGUCAAAAUCAUACGAAUAUUUCAAAAUAAACGGGAUUUAUAAAAAUACAGCCAGAGAUAUGAAUCUGGUGUCUGCCUGAUUUUUAUUGACAAGGAAGCAUUUGAAAACGUAUUUUCCUUUUUAUAUGAUCUGUGAUGUUAUGUGUGCAUAUUUAUCUUCAGGAUGAGGAUAAAUGAUGAAAAUAAGCACAUUGCUGCCCCAUAUAAUAAUGUCUGGUUUCUGAAAGAAGGUUGAGGUCCUGCAGCUGGAAAACCCCCUUGCCCAACACCAUCCUCUAAAAACGUUGCCCCAUGCUGAGCCCUCCUGUGCAGUACGCACAGCUGCCUGGCCAGGACUGGACCUCAGUAUCCUGAGGGUCCCAUGCAGUGCUGGGGAGAGGAGACACGUUUGAUCCCUGACUCACUCGUGCCUGGAGGAUGAACUGCUGCCAGAUGAAAGUGAGUAGUUUCCCCAUGGUGCCACGUGGAAGUGCCAGGCUGUCUUCACAGGAAGAAAGCUCGAAAACCCAGUGAGUCUUGCUCUUGUUGGAAUUACUUAGACAUGCAGAAAUCUUAGGGGAUUAUGAGUAGAGUGGAUAUUUGAAUGUGAUAUCCUUAAAAAGUUGGCAAGAAAAGGUCAAGUAAUUAGCUAUAAUUAGAAAACAGGAUUACAUAACAUCACUUCAGAAGUUAUACCCUGUUCUCUUCAUUCAGUAAUUGCUUUUAAUAAUCUCAAACUCAAAAUUUCGUACUCUUCUUUUAUGUUUGUAAAUAAAAUCCUACAGUUUUUCUUAAAUGUUAAUCUAUAUAAAAUACAGAUCCCCAAACAAA